AUGCGGGGUCAGGGGCGUCGGAAAGGUCACCGCGGCAGCCCGGCGCGCCCCAGCGGGGCUGUUCCGAGGGUACUGCGAGGUUGCUCUACGUGCGGGAUUCCGCGGGCGGGCAGCCUGCUCUGGAGAGGAAAGGAAGGCGCAUCCGCCUCGGAGCCCAGCUCUGCUGCGCGUCGCUCGCUCCCUGCGCAACCUGCAGCCCCGGGAGGCGGGGCGCGUCCUGGCUCCCGCGGGGUCACACGGAGCAGCGGGCGCUGUAAUCCAGGGAGGCCUUGGGGACACAACCUUAGGGAAGUCAGCUACCCGUGUGUGUCCGCUGGCCCACUGGGACACUGGGAGCGAAAUGAGGUGGUUAUGAGCCAGGUAUUUUCCAAAAUACGCACCAGGCACCAGACCGAGGAAGCCGGAGCCCCGGAGAGCACGCAGGGGCGGGUGGGAGAGGAAGGCGGGCGAGGCUGCUCAGCGGGUGCCGGGAGACCGCAGCCGCGGGGGACUCGCAGAAGAGCCAAGACCAGCCACCCAGCCCGGGAAGGGAGGGGAGGACCGCGAGAGGGUGCCCCAUUUCAGCCUGGGGAGACGCGUGUGCUGGCCGCCAGUCUCUCUUCCCGGCAGAGGGCCCCAGUGCUGACCCCAGCCCCUUUUCCACGCUCGAUGCUUCUUACAAAGUGGCCGGGCGAAGAGUGUCGCUCCCCGAGAGGCCAGGCCCUUCCUAAACACUAAAGUGCCAGGAAGAUGAAACUGAAUGUCCUGGAUGCCCGCUUUGCUUAAUUACUAAUUACGUUCGUUCACUCGAAGCCACUGCAGAAGUUGCCCACAGCCACCUGCAGGGCCUCUUUAGUGCAGAGAAAAACAUGCCUAAGGCUUUUCUCCAUUUGAAUUUGUUUUAAGUCAUCUGCAUGGGCUGACGUGAAAUAGUAAGUGAACUAAACAAGUUGCAGAACGGAGUGUGUAAAGUAAUGCCUUCUUUGGGAGAAAAGGUUUCUUUCUCUACGGCUCCACUAAUGUCUGCAAGUAUAAAUACUGAUCAGCUCGAUGGAGUGGGAAUGAAGAUGGGGAACUUACACUUUUGAUUUCAUUCACGUCUACAUUGUUUAAUCACUUUAACACUUUAAAAAAUAAAUAUGUUCACUUAGUAUCUUUAA